CAGAUGCUGUGCAAUAAUAGGCCCGUCGUAUGUGGUUCUUUAAUUCCUCUUAAAACCCUGUGAAUCUAAGCUAUUUAGGUGGAAGAAAAGGCUGGGCUCGGGCUCUAUGGGGAUGCUUGCUUUAUUUGAUGUGGAAGCUGUUGCCAUGGUUUUGGUCCUGGGGGGAAAUCGAGGCACAAGCUGUGACAAUGUCUGUUACCUCAUUUGACACCUGUGGCACACCUCGGAUAGUUUUCGCCGGCACGGAGCCGCCGUCAAUAGGUUUGAAGGCAGAACGUCGUCGCAGCGGAGAUCCGCAGGAAUUCUUGCCUUAUUAACAAAGACGCGGUUAUUUUUGAAUUCUCUUUCUCUUUUUUUUCCGCCUGUGAAGGCUCAGCCUUUGUCUCCCCCUCACUGUAUCAUAUGUGUGUGGAAAGAGACUGCAGCGUGUGAAGCGAGAGAUCUGUGUCAGAAGGAGCAUCCAGACAGCAUGGGAUCGGUGUCGUCGUCUUGUCAACGUGCGAUGCGCGCUCUGGAUUUACCUUUACCUCUGGAUCUGGCAAGAUCCGCGCCUCCCUCUCACGCUGGGCGUCAUGAGUAUGUUUGCUUGCAGAAAGUUUUAUAAUCGUUAGGUUAAUCGUAUAUUUCUGAACAAUGAAGCUUUUAGCCUAAAGUGCCAGGCGGGGGAAAAAUCAAUAGCGUUGCUGAAAUAGAUUUGUGGCUGUAAUGAUCAGCCGUGGAGUUCUCUCAGCUCGGCCAUGCCUACGAAGAAAAGGAGCACAGCAACGCAGAUUCUUUCUUUUUCGUCAGGGUACCACCCUAAAUGCCAGCAUCUAUAUUUAAUGCGCUUUGCUUUUAGGAAAGUGAUGUGAUUGAUACCUGCUCGUGGACAUCUUGUAACCCCGGUCCAUUUAGAUUAAGAAUCCCUUGAGAACCGUGGGGCUUUCGACUGCAACACUUGCCGGUUAAUUGAACCCAUUUCCUGCUUCUCCGAGCUCUUAGGUUCUCCCCCAUGCGCAGAGAGCUCCCAACUCCUUCAUUGAUCUUCUCUCAGGUCCCUGCUCGUCUGGAGCCGGAGUCGGAGCCCAGUGUAGUGCACGCUGCUCGUGGGCAGCGCGAUCGCCGCCUCCCUUCCUACUCCUGCUCACUUCCAACAUGAGCCUGCUGCACGCUUGAUCUCCCAGCUGGUGAGGACAGGAAGGUUGCGAGUCGGCCAAUGGAUGGAUUUGGGGCUGUCGGCUUUAACUUCACACUUCCGUCGUUCCGCCGUCGCGUUCGUGAGAGGAUGCUGUAACCUUAUCCAGGUGUAGCCUCCCUCCGCCACGCUUCCACUUUCCCAGCUGCCGAGGCGCUUGACAGCUGUUGCGGCUCUGUUCUGGCCCCAAGGGCUGUGAUGAAUUACAUCUUCGGAAACAACACGCUGUACCCGCGCGGCGGUCGAGCCAACCCUGGAUCUGGCCAUGCCGCCCCGGGGUCCAAACAGAGGCAGUGGACCAAACGGAGUUCAAGCGAAGAACUGCCUUCGUCUUCCUCGCGCUGGCAGCAGCUGCUGGCCUUCUUCACGCGACGUGGGGCCUUCAGCGACUGCAUCACGGCAGGUGCAACCCAGGCAAGCCCAGCACCAGUGGUGGUAAACACAGAAAGCCUUGACGCAUCGCCCUAUGUGAAUGGAACAGAAGCUGAUUAUGAAUAUGAAGAAAUUACACUUGAACGGGGGAACUCAGGCCUGGGUUUCAGUAUUGCAGGCGGUACCGAUAAUCCCCACAUCGGCGAGGACCCAAGCAUCUUUAUCACCAAGAUCAUCCCGGGAGGAGCUGCUGCACAGGACUGCAGACUCAGAGUUAAUGACUGUAUACUGCGGGUUAAUGAUGUAGACGUGAGAGAUGUAACUCACAGCAGCGCUGUGGAGGCGCUGAAGGAGGCAGGCUGCAUCGUCAGACUUUAUGUCAGGAGAAGAAAAGCCGGCACAGAGAAGAUAGUGGAUGUAAAGCUGGUAAAAGGUCCUAAAGGUCUAGGUUUCAGUAUAGCUGGAGGACUUGGAAACCAACAUGUUCCCGGGGACAACAGUAUUUAUAUCACCAAAAUCAUUGAGGGGGGAGCUGCCCACAAAGAUGGACGGCUACAGAUUGGGGAUAAACUUUUGGCUGUCAAUGCUGCUUGCCUUGAAGAGGUCACUCACGAAGAUGCCGUGACUGCCUUGAAAAACACCCCCGAUGUUGUCUAUUUAAAAGUGGCAAAACCCACCAGUGUCUUUAUGAAUGACAGCUACGUUCCUCCCGAUGUCACCAGCUCAUAUUCGCAGCACAUGGAGAACCAUAUCAGCACCCAAAGCUAUCUGAGUGAGCCAUUAACCCCUGCCACCCCAUCACGGUACUCUCCUGUCUCAAAAGGCAUGCUGGGAGAUGAUGAGUUUACAAGGGAGUCAAGGAAGAUCGUUUUACAUCGGGGCUCAACGGGUUUGGGCUUCAACAUUGUAGGAGGAGAAGAUGGAGAAGGAAUUUUCAUCUCCUUCAUCCUAGCAGGAGGACCUGCAGACCUGUGUGGAGAACUGAGGAAAGGAGACCGCAUUGUCUCUGUAAAUGGGGUGGACCUCCGCAACGCAACUCACGAACAGGCGGCCGCGGCAUUGAAGAACGCCGGACAGACGGUCACCAUUGUGGCUCAGUACAGACCCGAAGAGUACAGUCGAUUUGAAGCAAAAAUCCAUGAUCUUCGGGAACAGAUGAUGAACAGCAGUAUUAGUUCCGGCUCCGGCUCAUUGCGGACUAGUCAGAAGAGGACCUUGUAUGUGAGAGCCCUGUUUGAUUAUGACAUAACAAAGGACUCGGGCCUCCCCAGUCAGGGACUGAACUUCCGUUUUGGCGACAUCCUUCAUGUCCUGAAUGCCUCAGACGAGGAGUGGUGGCAGGCACGGCAUGUGACUCCAGAUGGCGAGAUGGGCGUCAUUCCCAGCAAAAAGAGGGUGGAGAGAAAAGAAAGGGCCAGAUUAAAGACGGUCAAAUUCAACUCCAAGACACGAGACAAAGCGCAGUCGCUCAAUGACAAGCGUAAAAAGAACCUCUUUUCGCGAAAAUUCACUUUCCACAAGAGCAAGGAGGCCAGCGAGCAGGAAACGAGCGAUUUGGACCAGCAUGUAACUUCUAAUGCCAGCGAUAGUGAGAGUAGCUACCGUGGACUGGAAGAAUAUGUUCUUUCUUACGAGACUGUCACACAACAGGAAGUGAAUUACACCCGUCCAGUCAUCAUUCUUGGACCAAUGAAAGACAGAAUCAAUGAUGAUUUGAUCUCAGAGUUCCCUGACAAGUUUGGGUCAUGCGUUCCCCGUGAGUACCCCUGUUCCCCUAAAAAUAUUCUUUUUAAUGUUUCAUUAUUGGCAUCACCUGAGGUCAAUAUUGUUCUUUCGCUAGACACGACUAGACCAAAGCGAGACUAUGAGGUUGAUGGCAGAGACUACCAUUUCGUUAUAUCAAGGGAGCAAAUGGAAAAAGACAUUCAGGAUCAUAAGUUCAUCGAAGCCGGUCAAUAUAACAACCAUCUCUACGGGACGAGCGUGCAGUCGGUACGAGAGGUGGCAGAAAAGGGGAAACACUGCAUACUGGAUGUCUCGGGAAACGCCAUCAAGCGGCUUCAGUUAGCACAGCUCUACCCCGUUGCUGUGUUUGUGAAACCAAAAUCAAUGGAGAAUAUUUUAGAGAUGAAUAAGAGGUUUCUGGAGGAACAAGCCAGAAAGACAUAUGACAGAGCCUUGAAGCUGGAGCAGGAAUUCCUAGAGCACUUCACCGCCAUUGUACAAGGAGACACAUUGGAAGAGAUCUACAACCAGGUUAAACAAAUCAUCGAGGAGCAGUCUGGACCGUACAUUUGGGUACCAGCCAAAGAGAAACUGUGAGAUGGCUGGAGACAUGAUAAACCUUAAACAUGUUUUUUUUUCCGUAUUUUUUCUUUCUGUGCAUUGGCAUUCUGAUCCUCAAACAUUGGAAAGUGUUUUUGGGGUGAUGGGCUUGAGUGGAGUCUCAUGCCUCUCUGUGAGACUGCUGUCUAGAACUCGCACCCCGAUCUCCGCAUUCAUCCUCCGGCGAGAGGAGAUAUGCCUGACCUGCGACUUUACUGGACAGAUAUACGGUACAGAUUCCUUAAUGUUUAAGGGAGGUGAUUUACUGGAAGGAUAAACAAUGGUAAUGCAUCAUAUAUGUUUUGGUUUGUUUGUAUCAAAGGUUAACGCUUUUAGGUUUCUUGACACUCUGAAAACACGAUAGGCGACACUUUGCACGUUUCAGCAUUACGAGCAUGUUUAGUUUACAAAUGUCCUAUGUCAGAUGGAUUUGGGCUACAUGAAUUACAUCCACUAUAUUAAUUUUACUUUUGGUUGGUAAGAUUGAGCCCACUCGCUUUACUCGGCAGAUCUCACAAGUGCACAAAGAGGACAAAAACAUUUGGCACAAAAUUCUUUUUUAUAUUAAAUGUCUAUUUGUCUUAAAGAUCUCUGUACAUUUGAAUCAAGCUGCAUAUGAGAGUAGUUUUUAGUAAAGGUUUAAAAGGAACAGCUGACAUCUUUUCGUUUCAAAUCCAGGGGUUGACACAUUCUUACUUAAAGAAACAGCAAUGCAAAUAAGAGUAAAAAUUGUAAUGUAUAUUUAACCUUCAGUAUACUGCCUAUUUUGUUAUAAUAAAGUCUAUAUUGAGCUUUAAUUAAACUACACCUAUGGGAUUUAUUUUCUUUAUAAUGUCAAACGUACAUGCAUAUGUGUGUGUGUGUGUAUGUAUAUUAAAAGAACUAUAAAUGGAUAUAUAUUUUUUGUUUUACUUUAAUCACCAUUUCGUUUAUUGCUUUUGGUUGGGUUUUAUGCAAAAUACACUGUCACAGGACACUUGAGUUGAAUGAUGGUAUUCAAACGAUCUGAAAACUCAAAUUGGCAGUUUGUAGUUCUCAGCCCUCUCUCUCUUUCUUAUGUAUGUGUCAUAUUUACUUUUUCAUGUGACGUGCAUGAUUUCUACAUGCAAUAGUCUUUAACACAUUCAAUAUAAGUGAGAAGCACGAGAGAGGGCUUCUGUUUCUGUUUUAACAGAGGUUGUGAACAUGUCAGAGUUAGCAUGAACUGUAAACGUUAGAGGCUAGAUUAUCGCCUCCAUGUUUGUGAACCUGAUAGCUGAAGAGAGUUUUGCUUUGCUGCUCUCUAACUCGAGCCUUUAAUUCUCCACCAGGGGGCGCACUUACAGCAUCCCUCUUUCCUUCUUAUUUUACUUGGAGAUGAUUGUUUUCUAAAAGAUUGCAACUUGUCACCAUGGCUUUCUAACACAUUUUUUGACUGGAUUAUGUAAAUAAUCUGCCCAUUUGAUUCAUUCCAUUUGUCAACGAGGAGAACAGCUAAUAAACUGUUUUUUUUUUCUCAUA